AUGGAAGCUUCAUCAACAACUAUUGGGCUAGCAGGCAUUGCUCCUCCAAUCCUUGAUGGGAGCAAUUAUCAUGUCUGGCAAGUGAGGAUGAAAGCAUUCCUUGAAGGAGCUGAUCUGUGGGAGGCAGUGGAGGAUGACUACGUGGUGCCUCCAUUGGUUGCCAAUCCAACUGCAAAUCAACAAAAGCUCUACAAAGAACGUGUGACUAGAAAAGCCAAAGCAAGAUCUAGUCUCUAUGCUGUUGUUACUCGUAUUAUUUUUAAUAGGAUUAUGAGUCUAGAAUCUGCAAAAGAUAUUUGCGAUUUUUUGAAGAAAGAAUAUGAGGGCAAUAAGAAGAUUAAAGGAAUGAAAGCAAUGAACCUUAAAAGGGAGCUAGAAAGAGUGCAGAUGAAGGAAAAUGAAUCAGUUCAAGAAUUUGCUGAUAAACUCCUAGACUUAACCAAUAAAUUGGCACUGUUGGGUACUGAUCUUGGAGAGGAAAGACUUGUCGAGAAGCUCCUGUGUUCUGUACCUGAAAGAUUUGAAGCUACUAUAGCAUCUCUUGAGAACACAAGAGAAAUCUCAGAGAUGCCAUUUGCUGAAGCAGUUAGUGCUCUUCAAGCACAAGAAUAA